AUGUCAUAUACACCAACAUCUUACUAUGGCCAUUCGGUCAAAGACCGGACCUCGGAAUUUCAAGGGCUUGUCGAAUCCAUCGCAUCGAGAUCCGCACAGCCAGCAAAGCAAAAGCUGUUGAACCAGAAUGCGCCGGGCGCAUCACCACGCAAGGGAGAGUUCGCUCGUCGAGCACAGGCCAUCGGCAAAGACAUCGCUUCGACCACUACCAAGCUGCAGCGUCUUGCACAAUUGGCGCGACGAAAGACGCUGUUUGACGAUCGACCAGUCGAGAUCUCUGAGCUGACCUACAUUAUCAAGCACGACAUUGCUGCCAUCAACAAACAGCUCGCCGAUCUGCAGGCGUUCAAUAAGGCCAACAAGUCAGGAAGGACAGCUGACCGUGCUGAAGAGCAUCGCGGCAACGUCGUCACGCUGUUGCAGUCGAAAUUGGCAGGUGCCACAACGUCGUUCCAGGACAUCUUGGAGGUGAGGACACAGAACAUGAAGGCGUCGAAAGAUCGGAGUGAACAGUUCAUGUUUUCCAACUCGGCAACAGGUGCUGUUCCAGGAGAGAACUCAGUCCUUCGUUCGCGUGGCAAACCCACCGCCACCGCCGGAACAGAUUCACCGCUUUACAACCCAACACGAACCGGAUCAGCCAUGGCGCAUCGUACAGCGCCUUCAGCGCUCAACGAUGGAUUGCAGCAUUCCGCGUCGUCCGACGGCUACGACGCCAAGGGUAAGACGAAAGCUGGAGAGUCUGACUUUCUCGCCCUCGACAUGGGCUCCUCCUCGAACGCGUCCGCCGUCGGCAGCGAACAGUACUUGCAGAUGCAACUCAUGGAUACGCAACAAACCAACUACAUGCAGCAACGCAGCACCGCGAUUGAAUCCAUCGAAUCCACCAUCUCGGAGCUAGGCCAGAUCUUCAGCCAAUUGGCGCACAUGGUCGCCGAGCAGAGGGAGACCGUCCAGCGCAUCGACGAUAACGUCAUGGACGUCGUCGAUAACGUAGGAGGCGCCCAGAGGGAGCUCUUGAAGUACUACGCCAGUGUCAGCAGCAAUCGUUGGCUGAUGCUCAAAAUUUUUGGUGUGCUCAUCGUGUUUUUCCUCCUGUUCAUCCUUGUGUCCUGA